AUGUUAGCUCAAAGAACUGAACUUGUCGCUCCUGAUGUCCGUCAUGGGCCACAUGAAUCAGGGCGUGUCAUGCCCCAGGCCCUACCAGCUAUAUCUCCCUAUUCUGCUGAUACCGAGACGGUGUAUCUUUGCCCCUUUGAUCUCAUGUAUGCGCGUUGCUGGACCCACAGGUUCCUCGUCUUCCAUAUGAACGACAACAAUCACGAGCGAGCUAUACAGGACCUCAACAACGGGUUGUGUCGACUCGGCGCCUUAGUCCCCUACAUCAAGGGCCGUGUCUUCAAGCCUGCAGCCGUCGAGCAAAACCUUGAACCGGAGGGCAAUCUUCGUCAUCCGCGCAACCGUCUAGUACUGUCCUGGUCACGGACCGCCCCGGCGCUUAAGGUUCGUGAACUGCCGGUUCCUGGUGCUCGGAAAUUUCCGAGCCUGGUGGAACUGGCCGACCAAAAGUUUCCGGCACACUACUUCACCAAGGAUCUCAGUACUCUGCCCUCAGCAUGGACACCUCACACCAUCAAUGCCGAGGCCGGGGCUCCAGUUCUCGAUGUAGGAUUCAUUCGGACCGAGGGUGGUCUUAUCCUUUCCAUCACCAAUCAUCACGGAGUGUUCGAUGGCGUCGGUUCUUGUGACUUGAUACGAUUGUGGGCGGCAUGUACGCGAGGCAGUACUCCCGACGUAGUUGCCGAUGCCGACGCCCCAUUGAUGCGCUCAUCUAAACUUUCCGAGUACAUCGACAACCAUUUCCAGCGGCGCACUGACUCUUUACCUCAUUGCGCGCCUUCUAUCACUGGACCACAGGUAGUGGAUUUGGGACGAAGAGGCGACUGCCGCGCCAGCAUAUUCGCAUUUUCAGGGGACAAGAUUCAGCUCGCGAAGCAGGCUCUCGAUCAUUCGAAGCUGGUCAACAAUGGCAACAACACGGUCAAUAACAUCAUACAUGCCAUCCUGUGGUCCUGUAUCACGCGAGCCCGACUGCCCAAGUAUGGGACUUUGGGGUGGAGGACGAAGCAAUCACGACUCGGCCUAGCUGUCAACGGACGCCCCAAAAUUUUCGGGCUGGAGGUCGGCAUUACAUCGCCCUAUCUGGGAAAUCUGACCUUCGUGGCCGUGGCAGACAUCGACGUUUCGCAACUGGACGAUGUUGCUCAAGCUAUAUUCUACCACCAGGAGCCUUCCGUGAUGGCCCGCAAUUUGAAAGGCCUGGUGCCACUGGUCGACUCGCUUGCCACAGCGGCGGAGAAAAUCGACAUAUCCUACAUUAGCCAGGUCUUUUCAGGUAUAAACAUGGCAGAUGAUAUGGACAGCCUGGCCAGACCCAUUGUGCCAGGGACUCCGUUCAGUGCCUAUGAAGGCAUGAACUUGAAUUGUUCGAGUUGGGCAAACAUGGACUUCUACAAGUGUGACUUCGGACCCGCCUUCUGCGGCAAGACCCAGAGAACAGGCACCCCAGUUGCCGUACGAUUCAUUUGUGACGAUCCAGUUGAUGGUGCAAUAAUGUUACUACCCAGGAAGAGGACGUCGCUUGGGGGCGAGAGGAUCGAGGUCCACGUGUCGCUGAACACUGACGAUUUGCAAGCAUUGGAGGAGGAUCAGGUUCUUCAAAGCUGGUUAUGUGAAUGA